AUCAUCUCACACAUCAAGGCGUCCAGGAGCCUCCACAUCAUGUGCCACAUCCCAGUCUUCUGCUGGAUCACUGCUACAGUUCUGGAGCACAUGUUGACCACAGACCAGAGAGGAGAGCUGCCCAAGAACCUGACUGAGAUGUACUCACACUUCCUGCUGGUUCAGACACAGAGGAAGAACCACAAGUACGAUAAGAGACAUGACAGGAGUCAGCAGGAGCUGAUGGAGACUGACAGGGAAGUUCUUCUGAAGCUGGGCAGGCUGGCGUUUGAACAUCUGGAGAAAGGCAACCUGAUGUUCUAUCAAGAAGACCUGGAGGAGUGUGGUCUUGAUAUCAGAGAGGCCUCAGUGUACUCAGGAGUGUGCACAGAGAUCUUCAAAACCGAGUGUGUGCUCUUCCAGAGAAAAGUCUACUGCUUUGUUCAUCUGAGCAUUCAGGAGUUUCUUGCUGGAGUCUACAUCUUCCACUGCUACACCAACAGGAACACAGAGGUACUGGCCAGAGUCAUGAGGAGAGAAUGUGAUGACGAAAAGCCAUCGUUGGAUAUCUUCCUGGAGACAGUCAUGUCUGAAGCCCUGCAGAGCAAAAAUGGUCACCUGGACCUCUUUGUCCGUUUCCUUCAUGGCCUCUCACUGGAGUUCAACCAGAGGCUCUUAGGAGGCCUGCUGGGUCAGACAGAGAGCAGAACAGAAGACAUCCAGAGAGUCAUCAAUAACCUGAAGGAGAUGAACACCUCCAAUGUCUCACCUGACAGAAGCAUCAACAUCUUCCACUGUUUGAUGGAGAUGAAUAACCUCUCAGUAAAUGAGGAUAUCCAAAAGUUCCUCAAGUCAGAGAACAGAUCACAGAUGGGAUAUCGGCAUCUCACUGAUAUCCAGUGCUCAGCUCUGGCCUACAUGCUGCAGAUGUCAGAGGAGGUUCUGGAUGUGUUGGACCUGAAGGCGUACAACACAUCAGAUGAGGGACGACGGAGACUGAUCCCAGCUGUGAGGAACUGCAGGGCCUCAGCUCUGAAGUCCAACCCCCAUCUGACAGAGCUGGACCUGAGUGACAACCAGCUGGAGGAUUCAGGAGUGGAGCUGCUGUCUGCUGGACUGGAGAGUCCAAACUGUAGACUGGAGACUCUCAGAUUGAGGAGCUGCAAGUUGACAGAGAGCAGCUGUGCUUCUCUGGCCUCGGCUCUGAAGUCCAACCCCCAUCUGACAGAGCUGGACUUGAGUGAGAACCAGCUGCAGGAUUCAGGAGUGAAGCUGCUGUCUGCUGGACUGGAGAGUCCAAACUGCAGACUGAAGACUCUCAGAUUGAAGUACUGCAGCUUGCCAGAGAGCAGCUGUGCUUCUCUGGCCUCGGCUCUGAAGUCCAACCCCCAUCUGACAGAGCUGGACCUGAGUGUGAACCAGCAGCUGCAGGAUUCAGGAGUGGAGCUGCUGUCUGCUGGACUGGAGAGUCCAAACUGUAGACUGGAG